GAGUGGUGAUAGGUGAAGGUUGUUACAUUGGCUGUAUUAGAAGCCGGAGCUGGGCUAGGUCGGCUCCUUGCAGCUGAGCGAGCACGUGAAGCGGAGAACCCGGGAGCGCCCGCCAAGGAAGGAGGAUGAUAAACGUGUCAGCGGUGUGGUUGUUAGCGCUCUUCUUGCAGGCAGCGUGCUCGCAAACUACAAAUCUAAACCUUCCUCCUGAAGACCUGGACUCAUCUGGUGAUGAUGAGGAUGCUUUCUCUGGCUCUGGCGCUGGUCCUUUGACCGACCAUCCUGUGGUUGCCUUGAAUAUCCCCUUAGAACAUGCAAAUUCAUCAACAAUGUCUACUGGGGCAACUGUUCACCAACCUGCAGUUCAUGGCACUGAAAACCCAGCUGAAAAAGAGACGGUAUCAUCCCCCACCAGUGAUGUGGUGCCAGAUGAGGCUGUCCUUUCAGAUAAGGAUGAAAUUCACAAACUGCGCUCAGCUGCAGAGAAACCUACAACAAAUGAGGCAAUCCUAACAAGUCCAACUACUCACAGUCCUACCGUCAGAGUAACCACUGCACAAGCCUCAGGCACAGUCCAUGUAAUUGAACCUAGUAUCUAUAGCUCUAGUUCAUCUGGUGUCUCCAAAGAAACACUUGAUCCCAACUUCACCACUAUUAGUGAGGAAGAUGUUCAUUCCCCAACUACAACAAUUCUACCCAGGGAUAUAUACCCUAUAGAUGAGAAGGAAAUUCCAUUUCCUGAAGAAAGCUCUGGGGAUCAGGGAGACUUCAUCUUUAGUGAAGAAGGAACAAUCCCAUCAGAGUCUGAACUGGCUGACUCUUCAAGAGAUGCUGAAGCUGCUGGAACUUCCCAGGGGUUAAUGGACAGAAAAGAAGUUCUAGGAGGUGUCAUUGCUGGAGGACUAGUAGGCCUGCUCUUUGCCGUGUUCCUAGUUGGAUUUAUGCUGUACAGAAUGAAGAAAAAAGAUGAAGGCAGCUAUUCAUUGGAUGAACCAAAACAAUCAAAUGGAGGAUACCAAAAACCACAGAAACAAGAAGAAUUCUAUGCAUAAACACUAGUCUUCAGAACAUUCCCCCUCUUUCUUGAACUCUUCUCCUGUCCCUGUGUACAACCUGCUUGUGGUUUUUCUGCAUUAAACCCAAGUCAUACAAUCAUCAGAUAUAACCCCUACCACCUUGCCACUGGAAACUAACUACAAAUUACAUCUGGAUUCCUGGAACCUAGCCAGCUUUCUUGCACAAAUGUAUAUUCUUCUUAAAGAAUGUGGAACUGCAAGCCACUAAACUUGCUUUGGCUUAUCUAACGACUCCUGGGAGGGAAGGAGAUGAGGGAGAGCUGGAAUGUAUGUAUAUAACUGACCUUUAGGAAAACAGCAGGAAUUAACUAGCAAGGCCUAAAUUAUCCAUACUAAAGAUCCUUGUUUAAACUCUCUCAUGACCUCCACUGUGUGUAAAGUAUAUUAGAAAGUCUCUCUUGCAGUUGACGACAAAGAUCAACAGCUGGUACCUAUGGUUCUUGCACUCUUUCUAGUAGCUAUGAUCAUAGCACUUAAUAGUGGCCAGAAGAUGUCAACUGGAAAAAAGGAGUGGAGGGGCAAGGCAAACGAGUAUUUGAUCACUAGGUUUGGGAUUUUUAAGAGUACUAGGAACGAGCUCCUUUACCAGUUGGAUGCAUGUACUGUUAAUUUUAACCUAGAAUUUAAAUUGCAUUUGAGCAUCAUAUCCCCACUCUGCCCCAUUUUGAAGUUAAACCAAGAAAUGACUUUUGGGAAUGAACAACCAUGUCUAAACCAUCCACGUAAGUGCCAAGUCUAAGUCUAGUCUUACUGGUUCACGUGUUCAAGUCUUUGGGAGAGACCUUGCUGUGAUCCAUACCACUGUGGUACUCUGAUGGCCAAGUGGCAUCACAUCUUAGCUAUCUACCUCUCUGCAUUGUCAGUUUGUAGUGGUGACUUUGAACUAGGUCUGCCAUGAGUACUGUACAUGGCAUAUAAGGUACAGAGCAAACUAAGUAUCUCUAGCUUCUUGUACUGCCAAAGACCAGGGAGCAGAGAAGCGCAUUAACUAAACUGAUCCUUUCUUGCAGCUUAAAGUGGUUGUGGUGUGUUUAUAAGCUCACACUAAUCUACUAUAUAAGUGCUUAGCUCUUUAACUUCAGACCCAAUUAUGUCAGAAUAUUAAUGUCUUCAGUUUUAGUGUAGAGGUGGGUGUUAGCAAUGGAUAAUUGUAGUUUCCACAGCAUCACCUGGCUAGCCUAUGGAGCCAAGUCAUUAGGCUGCUUACUGAUUUAGAAUAGGCCUGAACAGGAACACUUCCCAAAAGUCUCUUGUUUGGAUGAAAGUACAGUUGUAUUUGAAAAACCCAUUCACAUAAGUUUUGAUGUAAUAUACUAAGUAGAUGCGUUCAGUUGUAGCUUAUACAGGAUCAUUCACUUCAGUGUCCUACACCACAAAUUUUUUAAGAACUUUGAAGGACAUCUUAAUUUCAACACAGACCUUGCCUCUGCUUUGCCAACUAGCUUGGUUUUUUGGUAGCCUGUUUCAAGUUUGAUAACUUUAUUUUUGCUCAUAGUGAAGGUAUAGAGGAGGGAGAGUGUCUGAUGUAAAUAUUUAUAUUGCCGAGCCAAAGGAAGUGAUCCAAGAACACUUGCUGACAGGCACAUGUUGCAUGUUCAAUUUGGAUUUUUU